AAAGCUAGAGACUUUCCUUAUUUCACUUAACAACUUCAAUGAAAUGGUACCAAAGCUGUUAUUGCUAUUUUUGCUGUUUGAGAGUUCAGUCUCUCUAUCUCAUCCAAACGUCUCUAAUGGGGUUGUGGUGACUGAAAAGGCUUACCUGAAUUGGGUGAAACAAAUGGGUUCCUUCAAGCACUCCCUCUUCCAGAAAGCAGUAAACAAGUUCAAGCCUUGCUUAACCAUAAAAGUAAAUAAAGUCUCGAGGUUAGGUUAUUUUGUUUCAGUGCAGAAGGCGAUCGAUUCACUGCCAGUCUUCACUCACUGCCGGGUGGUUAUCUCCAUUAGUGCAGGGAUUUACAGGGAGAAGGUUGAGAUUCCUGCGAGUAUGGCAUACAUUACCCUGGAAGGUGCUGGUGCAGACAAUACCAUUAUUGAGUGGGACGACACAGCAGACAGAAUGGGACAAAGUGGGCGUCCAUUGGGUACCUUUGCAUCUGCAACAUUUGCAGUUGAUGCUCUUUACUUCAUUGCAAAGAACAUCACCUUCAAGAAUAAAGCACCAUCGCCACCAUCAGGAGCACUGGGAAAGCAAGCAGUGGCACUACGGGUUUCAGCUGACACAGCAGCCUUCUUCGGAUGCAAAAUUAUCGGAGCACAAGACACUCUUUACGAUCACAAAGGCAGGCACUACUUCAAGGACUGCUUCAUUGAAGGCUCCGUCGACUUCAUUUUCGGAAACGGUCUCUCCCUCUACAAGGAUUGCCAUUUGCAUGCCAUCACCAGUAGCUAUGGAGCCCUGACUGCCCAAAAGAGACAGAGCUUGCUUGAGGAAACUGGCUUCUCUUUUGUCAACUGUAAGGUCACUGGAUCAGGGGCCCUAUACUUGGGCAGGGCAUGGGGCACUUUUUCUAGGGUAGUCUUUGCGUACACGUACAUGGACAAGAUCAUCACUCCCAGAGGAUGGUAUGAUUGGGGAGAUAAAAAUAGGGAAAUGUAUGUUUGUUUCUCUCUCCUAUUUACUUCCAAGGCGUGCCAUGAUUUAUAUGCCUGCAUAGUGUUUUUAACCAAUUUGAAACAACAUCGACGCAGGACUGUGUUUUAUGGACAAUACAAAUGUUGGGGAGCAGGGGCUGAUUUCGGAGGACGAGUUUCAUGGUCCAGGGAGCUUACUGCCGAGGAGGUUGAACCAUUUAUUUCACCGAGUUUUAUUGAUGCCAAUGAAUGGCUCCCAAACCUGCAAUAAUUUCAAUUUCUAAACUGCAGUUGUUAGGCCAUUAGAGGAACGUUCAGAAAGCUAAAAUGAUAUUAUAUAAACCCUAGAAUUUAUUGUGGCUUGAAUAACCCCAUUUCUAAUAGCUUAUUUAAGUUGAAAGCAUACAAAAAAAACUAGCAUCAGUGGCAUAAUCAUUCCCAUAAUGUGUAUGUCCGGACGGUUGCAGUAUAAUAACCAUUCUUCAUCAACUGCUAAUAUCAAGGAAAUACUAAUCAGCAAUCCCUAUUACUACCAUACAGUAGCUAAAAUUAAGCAAUGUAAUUGUCAACAAACAAGAGGUUUUUGUUUUCAAUAAACUUUCCACCUUCCAACUAACAACUGUUUUAUACUAUGCAUCCCAAACUACCAAAACUGACACAUUGCAUGCUCACUACCAUUUUUUGUCAACUACAGGUCAGUUUUGAUAGUUGAAGUGUAAAGUGGAAAAUAGCUGUUAGUUAGAGAGUAGAAAAUAUAUUUGUCCAUUUUCUUAAGACCGGAGAGGGUGUUCCAAUAUUGGAAGCAAGCAAGAAGGAUUGUUAACUCACCUCAAACACAACAUUCUGAUAACCAUAUACAAAUGUAGAUCCAAAAGGAUUGUUUGUAGAACCUUAAGGUGCUGUUUGGAUAGUGAGUUGAGAUGAGAUGAGAUGAGAUGAGUUGAGAUGAAAGUUGA